AUGGAUUCGAAAUUGUGUCCGAGGCAAACAACCCGUUUCAAGAGAUCUUGUUCUCAUCAUGAUUCCAAGACGACGAGCACGAGUCUGGCCUUGAGAGAAGAGACAAUGUUUAACGAAGCUUACGAGCUUUCGACUCUUGCGACAUUGAAGUCUGCGUACUCUAUUACGGCCGUGACGAGGAACUCACCAAGACAUGGCCCGAGGACAAAGCCAAAGUGA